GAGCCGCACGCCAUUGUAAAUAAAGAAUGAAACCUAAACGAAUCAAGGGAUCCGCUGCCCUUUAAAUACUCCUCCAGAUUCUUUCUGUAGACCGCUCUUCACCAUAUUCACACAAUGCUGCCCUCAGUUGCUCUUCUUCUCGUUCUUCUGCUCUCUUCACUUGCUCUUGCGGGCUCACCGGUUCCCGUGGCGGCCCAGCCAAAGUACCUCCAGCGCUCGCGACGGCGCCCGCUCAACCCCUCCUUCAACUCCUCCCAGUCCCUUUCAGAUCCCAAUCUGCACUCAAUGCGAUACACCUCCUUCGCCUCGGUGUAUUCCGAAAGCGCUGGUGCUGCUGGUGUUGCAAAUCUCACGACCUCUGCUGGGACAGAGUCCUGGCUCGUCUAGAGUCGUUCAUCAUCUUUACCUGCAUACAUCUGGGAUGGAAAGGCGUUUUUUAAGGAUCUUUUUUCAAUUUACUAUGAUUGCUUUCGCGUUUAUGUUGGAGUUUGUAUUAAAUAGCUUAGCAU